CCGCUUCCUGCUCCCAGAGACAGGCAGCUCUCUGCGGGGAGUUGGACGCAGACUUCUGCAGAGCUCGAGGGAUCCGGCAUCUGAUUCGCCGUCUCUCAGGUAGCGAAACUGGGUGAAGUUAAAGCCGUACGCCAGGACGUUUCAGUUCUGGGUGCAGGUCUCUGUGGCGGCGUAACGCUACUCUGAAAAACGCCCUCACCCUUCAGAAAGGAGACUCUCAGAAGUCAUCAUCGUUCCUAAGAAAACAUACGCUGUUCUUCCUGAGCUGCUGUUAGGCUUAACAAAUGGCGGCACAGUGUGUGACAAAGGUGGAGCUGACUAUUGCCUGCACCAAUCUCUUGGAUAAAGAUGUUGGUUCCAAGUCAGACCCGCUGUGUGUGCUUCUCCAGAACACGAGUGGUCAGCAGUGGUAUGAGGUUGAUCGCACAGAAAGAGUUAAGAAUUCCUUGAACCCAAAGUUUGCCAAGAAAUUCCUAAUUGAUUACUAUUUUGAGCUUGUUCAGAAACUUAAAUUUGGAAUAUAUGACAUCGAUAACAAAACCUUUGAUCUGAAUGACGAUGACUUCUUAGGAGAAUUGGAAUGUACACUGGGACAAAUAGUUUCUAGCAGGACUCUAACAAAACCAUUAGUACUUAAAAAUGGCAGACCUGCUGGAAGAGGAAGUAUUACGAUUACAGCAGAAGAAGUGAAGGAUAACAGAGUGGUGGUACUGGAGGUAGAAGCAAGGAAACUGGACAAUAAGGAUUUUUUUGGAAAGUCAGAUCCUUAUCUGGAAUUCCACAAGCAGACUGGAGAUGGAAACUGGGUGAUGGUUCACAGAACAGAGGUUAUUAAAAACAACCUGAAUCCUGUUUGGAGGCCCUUUAAAAUCUCUCUCAAUUCACUGUGUUACAGUGACAUGGAUAAGUCAAUCAAGGUUGAGUGCUAUGACUAUGAUAGUGAUGGGUCUCAUGAUCUCAUAGGAAGUUUUCAAACUACGAUGUCAAAACUGAAGGAAGCAUCUCGGUCCUCACCUGUUGAAUUUGAAUGCAUCAAUGAAAAGAAAAGACAGAAGAAAAAAAACUAUAAAAACUCUGGCAUUGUGAGCGUUAAGCACUGUGAGAUCAUAGUAGAAUGCACAUUCCUUGAUUAUAUCAUGGGUGGGUGUCAGCUGAAUUUCACAGUGGGGAUAGAUUUUACAGGCUCCAAUGGACCCCCUAACUCUCCAGACUCUCUGCAUUACCUCAGCCCUAAUGGAGUUAAUGAAUACCUAACAGCCAUUUGGUCUGUAGGAAUGGUCAUUCAGGAUUAUGAUACAGAUAAGAUGUUUCCAGCCUUUGGAUUUGGUGCACAAAUUCCUCCUUCCUUUCAGGUGUCACAUGAGUUCCCAUUAAAUUUUAACCCAUCAAACCCAUUCUGUAAUGGAAUCCAAGGCAUUGUUGAUGCAUAUCGGGCUUGUCUUCCUCAAGUGAAGUUAUAUGGGCCAACAAAUUUUUCUCCAAUUAUAAAUCAUGUGGCAAGAUUUGCUGCUGCAGCUACACAACAGCAAACAGCAUCUCAAUACUUCAUACUUCUGAUCAUAACGGAUGGUGUGAUAACAGACCUUGAUCAAACUCGAACUGCCAUAGUUAAUGCUUCAAAAUUGCCCAUGUCCAUUAUCAUUGUUGGUGUUGGAGGAGCAGACUUUGAUGCUAUGGAGUUUCUUGAUGGUGACAAUGGAGUUCUUAGGUCCUCGUCAGGAGAACCAGCUGUCAGAGACAUUGUCCAGUUUGUGCCAUUCAGGAAGUUCCAAAACUCUUCAAAAGAAGCUCUGGCGCAGUGUGUCCUGGCAGAAGUCCCUCAGCAAGUGGUGAACUACUUCAGCACCUACAAACUGCAACCUCCUAAGAAUCCUGCUGCAAAGUGAAUGGGCUGAGUAGGGGAGCCAAGACUUUGUGCUUGCUUUACCUGCUGUAUCUGCAGACUUUGGUUCUCAAGAUACUUCUGUAUACAUGUAUACACACACCUCUGUAUGGUAAUGUCUGUUAGCUUUUGCCUGCAAAUCACUUUGCCAAGUGUGCCUUUUAAGGGCCAAAAUUGUAAUUGUGUUAAUAUUUGAUGUUGAUUUGAGAGAUAGGGCUUACAUGGGUGCAUUUUAUUUUGAAAAGUAAGAGUGGAAGAGAAGAGGUUGCAUAUGCAGAGAGAAGGGGGAGAACGGCUGGAAGCGGACCAGCUGCCUCUUUGAUAAAUACGGCCAGUGGGAGCAUUCAGUUGCUUUUGCAGGGAUCAGCACCAAGGACUGCAGUUUCUCAGUGAUCAUAAAACCAGUCUGAAAUGAAAAAGAGGGUUUUAUCCCCACCAAGCAGAUAAAAGUUUGUAUGUCCUUCAACGAAUUUGGAAUACUUCAGGCUUCUGUGUCUAUUAAGCCACCAUACCAAAAUUGUGUCACAGGAGUUUCAUAGUUAGAUGAGUGCCAGAACAGUGUGUAAAGGUUCUCCUUGCAUGCCUACUUCACAUUUACCACUUCAGUGCCUUUGGCCAAUGCCUGGGAUUCAGGGCUGUGUGAACAUGAGCCAAACAAGUCAUUAAAGUAUAUAUUCUUUUAUAUAGUAUGCAGUCUCUUAAGGUAGUACAGGAAUAACUAGGGUAAAUCAAGGUAAACCUCUAACAUCUCAGAAUACUACUAUUGGCCUUUGAGGCUACUACUGUAAAGGCUGUAAGAUGUGUUUCAGUGUGUACGGUGCUGGAAAAGGGGAACUCCAGAUUUUAUUUUGGUUGGGGUUUUGUUUUGGGGGGUUUUUUGUGUUUUGUUUUUUUUCUUUCUUCCUGUAAAACAGUCAUGACUAUUGAUCUUUAAAGGGCUUUUUGUGAAGUGGGAGUUCACUUUUUAACUAAAAAGUUUUGUCUGAUUUAUAGCUGCAUAUUUUUAAGCAAAGACAGUUCUUGAAAGUGCUACCUGAUUUAUAUUGUUUUCAUCACAUUUUGAAUCAUGCUUCUUUUUCAUGAGCUCACUAAUGAAAAGUGCCUGCAAAAAAAACAGUUUUCCCUCUUCCCUCCCAGUAGGAAGACAUAAGAAAGUCUUUAAGCUCUAAUCCUAUAAUCAUACUGCAUUUCUCUAGGGCAAACAAUUUCUAGGUUAUUUUCUUGGCUUGAGUUUUCUCUUCACCAUUUACACCCUGUGUAAAUCAUGUUGUGUUUGCUUAGUGGACAGAUGAAGCUUUCUUGUCUCCUGGUUGCAUACUGCUUGCUGAGGAUCUCUUCUGAUCUGUCAGCGCAUGUAACGUAAGUGGAUGUAAAGGUCUCCUUUAUCACUUCCAAAAUGCCCACCUUGAACGUUAAUUUUUGCAUUUUCACAUUUGAAGUGGUUUAGAGUUAGACAUCCAACUGAUCUGAUUCCGGAUGGUCCAGCUGUAACAUGUAAGAACAGAAUGGACUGACACUAGAUUCAGCAUACUUGGGCACUCAAGAUUACACCAGAUCAUAGUGCAUGUGACUUUGUAUUUGACUUUUUUUUUAAAGUUGCUGGAGCUGCUCUGUGUGGUAUAUUUUUUAUUUUAUUUUUUUCCAUACAUGUAUAAUCCUGUCAAAAAUCUGAAUUCACAUUAACGUUGAUGGAUGAAAGAUACAUGUGUUGAGAUUGUCUUACACAUCCUGUAAAACAUACCAAAUGUUUUGUAGACAGUUGACUAGUUAUCAAUCAUGGAUGGAUAUGUUAUUCUCCACUACAUUUUCCUUGGUGGAAGCAGGUCCUAAAUAGUUUCAGUAGUGGAAUACUAAGGAAGAGAUUUUGUUUCGUAUUAAGCCAAGCUCGCUCUUUUUUGAAAUCUAGUUAAUGUGUGUGUUUAUAUAAAAAUCCACAGUCAUCUUUUUAUCAGAGUAGUGCAAAUGUGUUACUACUUUAUGUAUGAAUUAUAAUGAAGUGUCAUUCCAGAUAGGCAACACAAAAUAUUAAGAUCAAGGAAGUAGUUAUAAUGAACCUAAAUCACACUGCUGCAAAUUGAUACUGUAUGAUUUUGGAACAGUAAACUGUUUCACAGCUACUCGCUCCAUCUACAGAGAUAACUGGAUGCAGUAUUAAUGCUUUGUCUAGAUUCGUUGACGUGGACGAGUACUACUGAUAGGAGUACAGGAUACUACUGAAGUUCCUCUGAGCUCUCUGCCAAAAUACAAUGCUGCGUCUGAGUGCUGUUACCAAUUCUGUUUUAAGUUGCUGUGGAAGUGCAUUUAAAUGCAUUUAAGUGUGUUAAUAGCUAUUAUUGUACUAAAUAUCUGCUGCAUAUAAAAUACAUAAACCUUUUUGGUUUUUUUGUAUUCUAUACAUAAAUUUGGAGUAUCUACAAUAGAGAAUUCUUUAUCUCGUGUUGGAAAAGUGCCCCCAUGUUCCUCAAGCUUAGGGAAUUCGAUAGCGUAUCAACAACACCUACUUCUCAAUGUGCCUUACUGUGUGUAAAAGAAAAGUGUUUCAGACCUGACAGUGGCAAGAACCAUUUUCCCAGUAUAACUUCUCCUGGAGGUGUACAGCUAACAGCCUGUUGGAAAAUUUGGAAACUUUUAGGUUAGGCUGAAGCAAUAUUCUGAGUCAAGGAAUGCAGCAGAUUGUGAGUCAAGGGGGAGGGGAGUUGUUUUGUUUUGCCUUUGUUUGUUUGUUUAUUUUUACAUGUAAAAAAUGCCUUCUUAGCCUGAGGGUGACAAAGCAAAAUAUUGUCAAAGUUUUGUAAAGCGAAUGUGCUUGUAGGUCACUUGCACCACCUUGUGAUAAAAGUGAUGUAUAGCAGUCUUCAUAAUCGGAUGCUUUUUGCCAUUUAAUGGGCGUAAUAUAUACAUAUGUACAGCAGAGAGAGAACCUGUAACCAGAAUUUUUUACUUUCCUAUGUAUUUCAGUUCUGAUGACGUUAACUGAUUUACAAUGCCUAUGCAUUAAAAAUAUAAUUUCAGUAUGC